ACGACCCCACCGAGUGCGCAACAAGAUUAACAUUGAAAAAAUGUCUUUGGGCUUUAGUGGCUGCUCAUCGGACGAUGUAGAACGAAGCGCGCACGAUUCUUCAGCGGGGUACAAAUUGCGCAAACGCUCUCGUGAAACGCGCAGCAAAAUGGCUCGGAUGGCGCGCGCUAUUUGCGAAGACGACGAAGAGGAAUACUGGAGUGAUUCGAGCGAGGUUAAGGCAGCGAAAAGACCGAGAUCGCACGUUCGUGCAUCGGCAACAAGGCGAGAAAGAGCUCGAAUGCAUAAGCUGAACAAGGCGUACGAUAAGCUUCGGAAGGUGGUGCCGAAAUUGAACUGCGAUUCUAACAACGAACGGUUAUCGAAAAUCGCCACUCUACGCUUAGCCAUCGACUACAUCGCAAUGCUUACCGACUUUUUGGACGGAAAAAUGGAAAGCGAAGUUCUGCCACAACACAGCACAGAGAACAGCGGGGACGAAGACACGUCGAGUUCGAUUGAAGAUGAAUCGGACAUUUUGGCGAGGCUUAUCGAUAGCGUGGUCGAUGAAUUUGGCUGGUUUUUGCCGGGAGACUACCAGUGAUUUUUUCUAUCCGAGAAAAGGAGAAAUACUCAAUCGCAAAUUCGAAGACGUCCACAGGAUCAGGAGAAUAUUAAGGCAAAUGAAACCAAUGGCAAUGUGGCAAAUUGGACAAAAACGCUGAUAUGAAUUUAAAAAAUGUAAUCAGUAAAGCAAACUCUGCCCGGAACGUUAGAAUGGGGAGAUUAAACGCGCAAGUGGUAUAGGAAAUGACCUGAAAAUAAUGCAGCCAUUGUUUGCAACGGAAAUUGUUGAGCAGAAUAAGAAAAUUCACCCUUCAUGUAAAAAAGCAAUAUUUUGAACUUCGAUUUGCAAGCGUGCCGGCGUAAUUUAUGCUAAUUUUGCCAUGAUGUAAUUUAUGCUAAUUCAGUUCGAAAUGCUUUAAUUUCCUCGGGAAAUCUGUGCCAAAUGAAAUGAGAAUAUUUAUUGCUUCAGCUGUGUAACUCAAAGUGGACGAUGUAUUGCAGAAAUGAACGUUGUUAUUUAUAGAUUAAACUGUUGUUUCCAGCAUAUAGAACUUGAUGGUAACAUCGAUAUG